AUGGAUCCGUAUACUCCACAUGGUCGGCCAAGCUCGCGCAAAAAGAACUUGACAUUGUCGACAAAGGAGUACAACAAGGUGACAGGUACUAUUGCAUCCGUCAGACGAACCCGCCAGUAUCUCGAGGAGGGCCUAGUCGAACCGGCAAACGAUGCGCUACCACCGUUGCGCGGAAGUCUCGUCCUAGAUAGAGAGCCGUCUUUCAUCGCCGAAACCUCAUUCGGCGAAGGACAGCUGGAUGGCGUUCCGGUGGAGAUCCAGGAGGCUCUCAUCCUGGAAGAUCUCCUCUUCGUGUUGAUGGUCGUACCGAGUCUGCACGCGCUUCGUGUGCAAUCUCAAGUUCGCGCAACAGGGAAUCGAGGGCACCCACAUAGCCUACCACCGGACUACUCCGUGGAGACGACGACCCCUGCAGGGCGUGCGAUUGUCGUGGCGCCUUCACUCGACGCGUCUCUGCGCGAUCUCGUGGAGCGCAUUUUGCCACUGGCGACAUACUACACGGCUGUCACGGCGUUCAUUGAGCAGAGAAGUCUCCUUGACUUCGGUCUCGUCAACCACGCCCUAUGUCUUGCUUCCCAGCUCGAGCACGCCUUUGCUACGUCUGCCCAGUUCACGCUCCAGAAGCUCUGGUUCUAUGUCCAUCCCACUCUGCACACGCUUUCACUGCUCUACCUCCUGAUCACCGAGCUCGCCACGGCCGACGACCCUUCAGCGACAUUGUCCGACUCCGAGUCUGGCGGCUCCUCCGACGCAGAGGAAGACGCGCGCAACGAGGCUCUCGGUCUUGGAGGCGCGAAUCUCAAGGCGGUCCUCUCUGACAUCAACAAGGGUAUGGAUGGCGGCGCGAGCGGCAUACCCGUGAAGGGCGGCGAGGUGCUCGCGAUCCUUCACGAGCGGAUGCAGAACAUGUCUGGUGACCCCGCUGCCCGGGCGCUGUACGGGGCACUCAUGCGCGCGGCGGGCAAGCCGUACGUCGAGAUGGUGCAGAAGUGGAUCCGGACGGGCCGACUGGUCGAUCCGUAUGAGGAGCUGUGCAUCAAAGAGAGCAAAUUCAUAGAUCGCGGGACGCUCGACGUGGACUACACGGACGAGUACUGGGAGCGACGGUAUACUCUGCGCGAUGGGACAGUGCCCGGCGGCUCGUCCAAACGCCACCAAACCGGCGUGCCUCCGCCCAGGAGUGUCGGCGGACAUCUGCCCGGAGGUGCCUGCGUGCCACCGAUGUUGGAACGAUGGAAAUCGAAGAUGCUGCUUGCCGGGAAGUAUUUGAACGUCAUCCAGGAAUGCGGAAUUGAGAUACGACGAGCGGCAGCGGACGGGGACGACGACGAUCUGUCCCUUCAGGACGACAAGUUCUUCAAGUCUAUCGACGAUGCAUACGCGCAUGCGAACAAGACUCUACUGGAGCUUCUGCUACGUGAUCAGCAACUCAUACCACGUUUGCGGUCAUUGAAGCGGUUCUUCUUCCUCUCCCAAUCCUCGUUCCUCACGCAUCUCCUUGACCUCUCGCAUUCCGAACUACGAAAGUCAGCCAAGUCGGCGUCUUUGGUGAAGCUACAGAGUCUGCUUGAUCUCGCGCUGAAUACAGACACUCAGGGUGAAGAUGCAAUGUUCCGAGAGGACCUGCGUGUGACCAUGUCAAACAGCGGGUUAUACGAGUGGCUGCUGAAGGUUGUGAGCACCAGGAAGGAGCGGGAGAAAGAAAAAGAUGACAAGAAGCAGAUUCUCGCCAUUGACGCAUUGACUCUCGACUAUACUGUGAAGUUUCCCCUCUCGCUCGUGAUCUCGCGCAAGACGAUCCUCCGCUAUCAACUGGUCUUCCGUUUCCUGCUGCACCUCAAGCAUGUUGAGCAGUCCUUGUCAUCUAUGUGGAUUGAACACAAGACUACACCUUGGCGAGCACCUACACAUCCUCCCGGCGCUGCUGCGCCGUCGCCCGCCGACUGGCAGGCUGAUUUCCAGAACUGGCGCAAGCGUGUGUUCCUACUUAGGGCGAGGAUGCUCGCGUUGUGCAGCAAUUCUUGCGUUGCCACCUUCGAGGUACUGGAACCGAAUGGCGCAAGCUUGAGACAAGCUGGAAGCCGGCAAGGUGAGACGGUGGACCAGCUGUUGCGUGACCACGUGGAUUUCCUUGAUACGUGCUUGAAGGAGUGCAUGCUUACCAGCUCGAAGCUGCUCAAGGCAUACUCAAAGUUGAUAGUGACUUGCUCAACUUUCGCCCUUUACACGUCUUCAUUCACCAAAUCGGCUAGUCAGCUUAGCUCUGGCCGCCGCUGA